AUGAAUCUUCUCAUGGUUGACAAGCCUACAUGCACAACGACCAAGAAUUCAGCGAAAGCAAAAUUGAUGCGAGAAUGCAAAAUCAUCAUUUGGGAUGAAUGCACGAUGGCACAUAAACUAGCUUUGGAGGCAGUUGACCAAACGAUGAAAGAUUUACGAGGUAAUUCGAGACGAUUUGGUGGGGCAAUGAUAUUGCUCUCCGGAGAUUUUCGUCAAACACUUCCCGUCAUUCCGAAAUCUACUGCUGCCGAUGAAAUUAAUGCAUGCCUGAAAUCGUCGUUUUUGUGGCGGCAUGUAAAGAUGUUGAAAUUGACCACAAACAUGAGAGUUGCGUUGCAAAACGACCCAUCAGCUGCUGAAUUCUCGAGACAACUCCUGGCGCUUUGUAAUGGACACAUUCCGAUUGAUGUUUUGACUGGAUUAAUAUCGUUUCCGGCAAAUUUUUGUGAGUUCACAUCGUCGAAGAAAGAACUCAUUACAAAAGUGUUCCCAAACAUUGAUGUCAAUUAUAACAAUCUUGAUUGGAUGAGUGAACAGGCAAUACUAGCAGCGAGGAAUAAGGACGUCGAUAGCUUGAAUUUUACAAUUCAGAGUAAAAUUGCUGGAUAA